AAACAAACAGACGUCAAGAGCUGUAUUGCAGGGAAAGUCGCGAUAUUAAAACACAUUAAAUUGCGGGAUUAUUGUACACAUUUCAGUUUAAUUUACGCAUUUUUACAAUGAGCACAAGCGGCAGACAUUCGCAAAUGCCGAACGAUGUACCAGAAGCACAAAUGGAAGCAGCAUCCGUACCAUUAGGCGGUGCGAUUGGCCGUGACGAUAUUUGGGACGACAGUAUUAUUAUCAAAAAGUAUGAUGCAUCGCUGGCACUGGUUAAAGCAGAGGUAGCAAAACGGUUGGCCAUGAACACAAACCGAAACGCUCUGGCCGAAGCAGCUGGUUGCAGUGGCAUUAAGAAUCGCAAACAGCAAAAGAAAGACAGCGAUUCUACCGGUGGUGAGGCAACCGUCGGAACGCCGGAACACGAAGAAAAGGGCACGAUGGAAAUAUCGGAACAUGAUCAGCCCAUGUUGAAUGGGCCACGUACAGACACGUUCGAGAUUGGCGAUUACGUGCGUGCCACCUACGAUGACGGAGUGGAUUAUGAAGCCAAAAUCAUCGGGUUUGGAAACCAGGGAGAUUGUUUAAUUCGCUACGUGGGAUAUAACAACGAGCAGACGGUGCUGCUGGAAGAACUGUUACCAUCCUGGGGAAGAAAGGCUCGCAGACAGCAGCGUGUUGAGGCGGCCGAGGCGGAAGCAGCUGCCGCAGAUUCUCAGAUGGACAUAAGCGAUGACGAGCGUUUCACAAAGCAGGCGAGCAAGAUAAAGAUUAACUUCGGACCGAACUUUGGUCGCACAAGCGUAGGACCAACGACCACCGGAAGGAGUGGGCGAUCGGGAAUGUUGGGUCCGAGUAUGUCCACCGCGUAUAUGGUUCCUCCGCCACCACCGAUGCCACCGAUGCUGGAAGAUGCGGACGAUGUGGAGUCGGAGAAUCUUUCCGCGAUGCUAAUGUCUUGGUACAUGAGCGGCUAUUACACGGGACUUUAUCAUGGGCAGCGGAUGUCUCAGCAGCAGCAACAACAGCAUACACAGCAGAAGCGAGCAAGACAGUCGUAAUGGCCGUGAUCGUGUGGUGUUCUCUGUUGUGUUUUAGCAGUGCCGAGUUGUAGGAAACUAUUACAAUGUUCCGAGUUCCCAAGCGAACGAGAUUCCUUAUGCCCUUUUGUCAAGUGAUAACCUUUGUUGAAGCUGCAACAUCGUAUAUUUGGUGGUACUUCACGUGAAAAUGACGUUAAAUAAUUAAAUGACCCAGUCGGGACAGUGUUCUAUACUGCUCCGGUACUACUUAAUUGCUCUUGCUUCACAUACGGGAGGUAAAUAUGCUCCCACCCAUCACCCAGCUUCAGUUUCACAUGAAUUCGUGUUGAGUUAUUGCUUUAAGUGAAUGAAUUAUAAAAGAAACCCCCAUAGUGUGGAGAGAUGAAUAAAAAUAUAAUACGUUUGCUA